CUUUAGUCAUUACGUUUUCAGUCCUUUUAUCCCACAUCGACUAAGGAGUUAAAGCAGUAGAGCCUAGCGAGCUAUAAAGCCGAAACUUGGCAUUUGGCCACACUUUUGCUAAGAUCAUUAAAGUUUUACAAAGUCAAUUAAAGCCAGGCUGAACAAGUGAGUUUAAUUGAUCUUCUUGGCUCAUCCAUUGGAGCUCCAACUAAGAAAAGCCUCAAAGUUUUCAGCUUUGAUUCUUCUCAUAUACUUUUGAGUAUUAGAAUGUUAAGAGUAUCUAGAAUAGUAGCGUUAUCAGCAUCAAGUCUCCUCAAACAUGCAUCAUCUGCUUCGGCUAUUGUAAAGUGUUCGCCUUUCUUCACUGCUUCGUCUGUUCGACCCAACCUUCAAAACCCACUUGAGAAAGCGAUUCCAGGCGAUUUCGCCAAAUGGGGUUCUCUUGGAUUCUUCAGAACUUCGAAAUUCGCUUCUGGGUUUUCUCCCUUAGAGCGUAAGCCGUUGGAUUCGAUAAUGGAUACUUCGAGGGCCAAGGAUCGGUCAGCGGAGGAAAUCGCUUCAAUUUGGGAUGAUUAUCAUUUGGGACGAGGACAUAUUGGUGCAUCUAUGAAAGCAAAACUGUAUCACUUGCUGGAGCAAAGAGCAGCAAACUGCCGCUAUUUUGUCAUCCCCGUGUGGCGAGGAUCUGGCUAUACGACCAUGUUUGUUCAAGUACAGAUGCCACAUAUAAUUUUCACUGGUCUUGAAGAUUACAAGGCAAGAGGAACCCAAGCAGCUCCCUACUUCACCAUUACUUACUACAAAGAGUUUGCAGAAACCAAGGACCUGGUUCUUAUUCGAGGAGACGUGGUAUUCACCAGCAAGCUCAGUGAUUCUGAAGCCGAAUGGCUUCUGGAGACAACACAAUCUUUUUAUUUGAAUGACACGAGAUACAAACUGGUCGAAAGAUUCAACAAGGAUACCCGUGAAUUCGAGUUCAAGGAUGUUCUGCGAGCACUGGAAAUGCCGGAUAUAUAAUGGUUUCCAUGCGAACUGGAUUGUUGGAAAUCAAAGACAGGUUUAAUAUUAGCACAGGAGUACAAACAAUACCAACAUUACUAGAUUUGCAGUAGAGGUAGAGUUCUGUUUAGAAUUUUGACUGUUGCCUUUUAUAAAUUAUGUCUUCUCUCAAGAUUUAAUCUUUUCAGCUGCCAUUUUAACUGUUUUGCUUGGUUACACUGAUUACAGCCAGCUGAGGUUUUCUACCACAGUAAUUGUAGUCCCUUUAUUGAUUAUAUGCUCUUUUUUAAGUGUAUAUUGUUCAUUUGAUCUAUUAUUUUUUGUUAAUUAAAUGAGGUAAUAAUACCACUUUGGUGGAACACUUUUUGGCUAUACAA